AUGGACAACGUAUCUCUGGGUUUCAACUGGGUCUGGCCAGUGGCCAUCUCGUUCCUGGGGCUUUUGACGCUUUUCUUUGUCUCACCACGCCCUUUCCCAUCAACCUUGACGGUAAUCAAUGGUGGAAGACCUUGGGAUAUCUUUCGCACCACGGCGAAGAAGCGAUUUCGCUCAGACGCGGCACGCCUUCUAAAGAACGGCUUUGAAAAGUCUCCUGAUGCCUUUCGCAUUCUCACUGAUAAUGGGCCCUUGCUGGUCUUGUCACCUCAAUACGCUCGAGAGGUUCGCGGCGAUGACAGACUCAGCCUGGACCAUUUCAUUGCAUCGGAGUUUCACCCCAACAUCCCAGGUUUCGAGCCGUUCAAGUUGAUCCUGGAUCCCAAGAACCCGUUGAACACGAUCCUGAAGACCAACCUCACACAAGCACUGGCAUAUAUGACAGAGGACUUGUCUGCGGAGGUUACAGAGGCACUAUCCGCAACCUGGACCGAUGACUCCGAGUGGCACGAGGUCAGCGUAAGUCAAACAGCUCUCAAGCUUGUCGCACAGAUGGCGUCCAAGGCCUUUAUAGGGCAAGUAAGAUGUCGGGAUCCCAAGUGGCACAACAUUAUCAUCACCUACACGCACAACGUCUAUGGGGCAGCACAGGCACUCCACUUUUGGCCCAGCUUCCUACGACCCAUAGUGGCACGGUUUUUGCCCGCAUGCCAAACGUUGCAAGCUCAGAUUGUCGAGGCACGAGAGAUCCUGGAGCCCUUGGUGGCCGAGAGACGGGCCGAGAGAGCCAACCGAGUCGCUCAGGAGAAGCCUCCACUGUCUCGUGGGGAUAUCAUUGAUUGGCUAGAGGAUUCUUAUGGCGACCAACCGUAUGAUGCCGUGGCUGCACAGCUGCUGCUCUCGUUCGCUGCUAUCCAUGGAACCUCCAAUCUCUUGACACAAGUGCUCGUGGAUCUUUGCAGUCAUCCGGAGUUGGUACAAGAUAUCCGGGCAGAAGCUGUAUCUGUUCUAGGUAAAGAGGGGUGGACCAGGGCUGGCUUGUACCAGCUCAAACUAAUGGACAGCGCACUGAAGGAAAGCCAACGCCUGGCGCCAAACAGAUUGCUAUCCAUGGGACGUAUUGCGCAAGGGGAUAUGGACCUGUCUGAUGGUCUUCGUAUCCCCCGAGGCACAACUCUCAUGGUCUCUGCCCACAACAUGUGGGACUCUGCGAUUUACCCUGAUCCCCAGCAAUACGACGGCUACCGAUUCCAUAAACUACGACAGGUAUCAGGGCAAGAGGGCCAGCACCAACUGGUGUCCUCGACGCCGGAUCACAUGGGGUUCGGAUACGGGAAGCAUGCUUGUCCCGGGCGGUUUUUCGCCGCAGCCCAGAUCAAAGCUGCCCUAUGCAAUAUCCUUCUCAAGUAUGACCUCGAAUACAGGGGUGGGCAGUCACCGAGUGUGUGGAGCCAGGGCAUUCAUCUGUUUCCAGAUCCGACGUCUAGAAUCUACGUCCGUCGACGGAAAGAGGAGAUUAUUUUGUGA